UUUUUUUUGGUUUUUGUUGUUCUUGUUCACUCAGCAAAUAUCAACAAAUAUCAAAAAAUCAACUCAUUCAUUAUUUUUAUUAUAUUUUAAAGACAUACCAUGAUGUGAAAUGUCUUUUUAACUACACAACAGGUCAUCAGGUUUUUGGGUGGUUAUCAAGAUUUCCAAUACUUUUGUCCCCAGUCAAGAAAUAUAAUUUCUUUCCUGAUCAAGAUGCCUACUCGAGCAGAAAUUCCUAGUUCCAGCCAUAAACCAUAUGAUAAUAUGUGGACUGACCAUCUACCGGUUUGCAGACUUUCUGGAGUUGGUUCAUCUACGAAUCAGUUGUACAGAGAAGACGGCAAUCGCCAAGAACAUCAUCCCUGUGAAGAUCGAAGUUUCCACAUACGCAUUGAUAAUGACAUUUACCUUUAUGGCGUAUUCAAUGGACAUGAAGGGGGAGAGGCUGCACAGUUUGCUCUUCAGAGAAUGGUGUUUGAAAUUUUAUUUGGACAGCUAGAAGGAAAGACUUCUGAUGAAGAAAUCAAAGAAGUUUUAAGGCAAGCUUUCCUUUCUGUUGAAAAGAGCUAUAUGCAAUCAAUAGAUGACCGUCUGGCAGAGAGGGCUAAGCUACAGAUGGAUAUUCCUGAGGACCUGUCAGAAUAUGAAGCGUACAACAAAUACCCUCAUGUGGUUGAAAGGCUGAGGACGUUAACCAGCGAACUUUCUUGUGGAACUACUGCUGUGGUGGCAUUGAUAAUUAAAGGCCGUUUGUUUGUAGCAAAUGUAGGAGAAUGUCGAGCAUUACUAUGUAAGGCAGAUUCAGAUGGAGUCCUUCGGGUAUUGGAAUUAAGCGUUGACCAUAAUUUGUAUAAUGAAGAUGAAUUACUAAGGUUACAACAAUUGGGCCUUGAUAUUGAUCUAAUCAAACAAGAAAAUCGUCUUGGAAAUCAAGAAAAUUCACGUUGUAUUGGGAAUUAUCUAGUCAAAGGAGGCUACAAAGAAAUGGAUGAACUCGCAUCUUCUGUGUCAGAGCCUGUUAUUGCUGAGCCACAAGUUCAUGGAGGCAUUCCACUGGAUGAAAGUUGUAGGUUUCUGAUGCUGAUGUCUGAUGGAGUUUAUAAAUCUUUAGAAAGUGCUACAAGAACUGAUCAGGUUAACAAGGAACUGGCACAGCUAGCUGUAAGUGAGUUUCGGACCCAGUCUACACUUACUGGUGUUGCUCAAGCAGUUGUUGAUCGAAUCGGUAGGAUUCAUCAUGAUGUCUUUAUGUGUAACAACUUAAGUAGAGAGAUAGAUUCUCCUCCUUCUGGUGGUCCUAAAGGAAGACGGGAUGAUAUGACACUAGUUAUACGGAACUUUAAUUUUGAAAUGCCAAAUGCACUUCCUCCAAAGUCCUUUCCUAAGGUCCAUAUAAUGGAGUCAGAAAGUGAUACAGGUGCAGCCACUUCACCUGUCUCUCCUUCUGGUGAUUCAGAAUAUCACUCAGGUAGUACUCUAAGAAAUAGUGGCUCAGUGGGAACCAGCACUGUUUCAGUCAUGCCUUACACAAACGACUCAUCUACCACCGAGGAAAGUUCUUCUGAUGCAAUGUUUUCUCAACCUAUUAGUGCCUCACCAGUUCCAAUUUUACCUUAUGUUGACUUCUCAGAAUACUAUGCCAAUGUUGAACGUGCUCGUAUUGCAGGAACUUUACCAGAAGGAAUUGAUUUUUAACUUAAUUUUAUAACACUGUGAUUAUUUUAAUUUUUUAA